GUCUCUCCGAAAGCGAUCCUGCAGCGCUGUGGCAGUUUCUGCGAAAAGCUAAAACAUCAUUGCAAAAGGGAACUGCAGCAACCGAGCACGGAGCAAACCAAGAGCAGGAGCGUCAGGAGGCCCUUUAUUGGGCGAAGCGACUGUAUAGGAAGCGAUUUCGAGAGCGGGCUGAUGUGAACCCCUUGGUGAGCCUGGUCGGUCAGAGACCAAAAACUAGCGAACAGGCGCAUCAUAAUAAUCAUCCUGCCGGUGCAAACAGGACGGCAGAAGGCAGACUUGAGGCAGCACAAGCAGCACGCUCGUCGACCAGCGGCCGUGGUCCUCGAGGAACCUACAGAGAAGCGGCACCCCUUCAUUAUCAAGCUCUCAAGGAUCUCCCCGUGACCGCAAGCAAUCUGAGAAAGCUCGCCCUCGCCUACGAGCAGAAAACCCAGAGGUUCCGUGCGGUGAUUGGCCGGUCUUUUUUCAAGCUCGGCUGCCCGCAACUCCCCGUGGUCGACAUCGCGGGCGGGGGUCGGGAGGGUCCGUUUCGCUUCGCCUUAGAUCAACAGGGCGCCGAAACCAGUCCGGCGAAGCUGAUUUUGAUUUAUCAGGGUUUGUACCACGAUCACUCGCUGGACACGAUCAUGCAGCUGCACGGUAAAAAACAAAUUCUCGCGGACAAAAAGACCAAAACCAUGCUGGAGAAUUUUCCGACGAAAAUCUCCAGCAAGAGAAGUAGAGGCUCUACUACUUCAAAGAGGACUACUGGAGAUCAUGUUGAAGUAGACGUCGACCCGGAUGAAGAUGAUUUUAAUUCCUCAGACGAAGACACGGAAACGCAAAAGAUUUCCUUCUCCGGCCACUUUCCGGAUAACUACCCCGUGGGCGGAAGGGAGGAGAUAUCCACUGCAAAAGUAUCUCACGACUGGCAUCGGUUGCAUACAUACUGUAUGAACCAGUUGCAAUACAGCAAUACAAAUUUCAUUUUUCCUAAAUGUAAAUCUGCAACCACCACGCAAACCAUAGCUAGUACAACGGCACUUUUGCAAUGCAUAGGAGACCAUUGCACGCAUGGAGAAGAAGAUGGAGGAGGAGCAGAAGCUCGCGGAGAAGGAUACUGAAUACGACAGGACGAUGAAGUCGCGGAUUGACGAGAUGGAGCUCCACUACAUGCUCUUACGGGACCGGUGGGUCGCGAGAUUUCCGCAAGUCGUCAGAUUAACCGGCGAGGACGCAAUUACUUUCUGGGAUGAGAUGGAGAAACCGAUCCGAUAUCCUCGCGGAAAUGACCAGAGCGGCGGCAAUGAAAACGUGCAAUUCCUGAAAAGAGCGAUACUACGGAAGUACGAAGCGCUGUAUACUUCGCAAAUAAAUGCUUCAUCAGCAGAGGCAAGACAAAAGUUCUAUCACCUACUCUUCCACUCCAACCCCCCUGUUUCUCAGCUGAGAAAUCUCUACCGCUUUCUGUACCACGACGACGCCGCGCCGUCGAGAUUGUUACCUCCUGGGUUGGUCAAACCAUUUCUGGUUUCCGAGUGCGGGAGUCCGGAUUACGGAGAGAGUGGAAACUCGG